AUGAACAAACAAACCUAUAAAUUACUUUUGGCUGCGACAGGAAGCGUUGCUGCUUUGAAAAUACCCGCUAUUAUAGAAUCUUUAUUAGAAUUAAACAGAAAACAACAGUACAUUUUUGAGAUUUCUGUUGUAGUGACAGAGCAUGCUAAGCACUUCUUUGAAAGCUCUAAUCUACCAUCUAGUGUUGCUUUUUACGAUGAUGCCACUGAAUGGAAAAGCUGGAAACAAAGAGGGGAUCCUGUUGUUCAUAUAGACCUUGGAAAAUGGGCUGAUAUGAUAAUUAUAGCACCUUUAGACGCUAACACUCUAGCAAAAAUGGCUCAGGGAAUAUGUGAUAACCUUUUAACUUGCAUCACCCGUGCAUGGGAUAUGAAUAAACCAUUGUUGUUUUGUCCCGCAAUGAAUACUAGAAUGUGGGAGCAUCCUGUGACAUCAAAACACAUACAAAUAUUAAAGGAAUGGGGUCAUGAAGAAAUACCUCCAAUCAAAAAGUUACUUAUUUGUGGUGACACAGGUGUUGGAGCUAUGGCUGAAGUUAGUACAAUUGUUGAAAGAAUUAAAAGUAUAGCCGACAAAAAGUUUUUAAAAGCUGUAAAU